AUGACGCGUGCGUCUCGCGCAGUGAUUGACGGUCAACUAAGCUGGUGGAAGCGCGCCAGGUUCCAUAACAGCCGCCUGAUCGUGCGAUGCGCGCGUGAGGUGCGUGCUGGUGGCGAGGUACUGAACUGCUACGGGCCGCACCGCGCACGCGAGCCUGCACGCCACCGCCGAGCACAGCUUCGCGCGCAGUACUUCUUUACGUGUAACUGCACUGCGUGUGUUGAUACGGAGAGAAAGGACUUUGUGCUGAUGUUCAACGCGUACGCAUGCCAAUCGUGUAAGGGUCCAGUGCUGGGUGCCACGUGUGCGCAGUGCCGUGCGCCAUUGCGCCGCGACCAUGCGCGCGCGCUUCUUGAGCGCGCCGAUGACCUCGACGCUCAUGCAGCGCGGGCGGUGAGUUUAGAGACACGGUGCGAGCUGGCACACGCUGCGUUGCGCAUUCGACAACAGGCGUGGCAUCGGCACCACGUUGCGCUACGCGAUGCCGCCGACAAUGUUGCGCGUCUCUACGCUGACCUCGGUGAAUUCAGUAAAAGCGUGGAGCUCAUAAAGCAGAACAUUCAAAGUCUCGAGUACCAGUUUGGGUCGUUCAGUGUGGAGGUUGCGCAUGAACUCAGGAAGCUGUCAGAUGUGAUGCUGGAGAGGAUCAUAAAUUCACCGCAAAAUCCUGAUUACAGGGACUGGUGCCUGGAAGCUCACAAGGUGAUAAAGAAAGCGGUGCAGCUGAUGGAGCUCAACUACGGUUCGUGGGAGCCGCUUGUCAAGCGACUCAAGCAACAGGAGGCGCUGGUAGCGUCGCAGCUCGAUAUGAGCCGCACACCAGACUCGGACAGCGUUCACCACAGCCUGCACUACAACCUCAAGAUUUAAUCAGUACGUCGCCGUCGGCGAGAUGUCGCCAGUGAGAUACGCUGUGAUACACUAUAUUCUAGAGUAUAAUAGAAAAUAUUGUCCCGGACCACAGACCACAUAAAUUUCUCCCGUGUUCCGGACAUUUUACAGCUUUAAACGCGCACACUACACGUUUAUCAAAUUUUGUGUUUCAAAUUUCAAUAAUCUAAGCUAAAAAGUGUCCACUAAAUAAAACACUAUUAGGUGCAUUAAGACUGGCUAGCAGAUCGGUUCGGGUCUUCAAAAGCCAGCAGUUUGCUGACACUUCACACGGUCAAAAAACCUUGCAUUGAGAGUAGAGGGGUCAUUGUCUUUUGAUUAGGUCGAAUAACUUACUCAUUUGACAGUAAUUGAUUCCGAUGAUUGUCGGACAGAGAACUCCUGAGUAGGCCUGCUCCGCUCCGCUCGGAUCAAUGACGCGAAACGCACUAUGUGAUUUUCGCAUUAUAUAAAGGUUUUUCUAAUCGGCUUAAUGCGAACCCGUGUCGAUAAGUGUGGUGACUUCCUUACAUUUGCUACCACUAAGCAUGAAAAGUUGUCGAAACGUGAUAUAGCAUGGGAGGACGCAUUGGUUUAUUAUUGUUAUGUAUGUACCUACCGCGAAAAUUAUCGCUAUUAUACAGCAUUUUGUUAUCACUCCAUAUUGUAACGAGUUAGCAACACUAUUUUUACUAGAGGUUAUAGACAUAAGCAACUACAAGGCAAUUCAUUCCAAUUUGAUUGGAUAUUAGGCGAAUUAACUCUUAAUCAAAUAAUAGUACAUUGUGUAAAAUGGGUUAGUUACGACAAGGAGGGCAGCAUACGAGUAGCACUAGUGGCCAUUUAUCGCAAAGUUACGUGAGUUUAUCAACGCGAGACAAGUAUUUAAACUGUUGUGAUUUACAAAAUCAAACCGCAUCGCCGUGUUCAUAAGGUAGACGUUACUAUGUGUAGCGUCGUCUAAAAUAAAUUAAAAAAAAAACUAACUUGUAAAGCCUGAUCGACGUUCAGCUUUAGGGCGCGUUCCCAUUAUGUUGUAACGUUUUAUUUAUCGUUGGACGACUGUCGCGUUCAGCCUUUUUCCAUAAAACGACUAUCUAUUGUGACUGUGUAGUGGAUGUUUAGUUCAUCGUUGAACGACUGUCGUAUAUAGCCGUUUCCACUAGAUCGUGACGACAAUUUAUCGGUACGGCAGUCACCUUGUCGUUUGCUCGACAAAUCGCAAUCGCAACUUUAAACGGUUCUCGUUUGAAGUUGCGAUUACUGUCGUCACAUUUUUAUCGUCGCGUUUUAUUUAUCUUUGGACGACUGUCGUUCUAGCUCUUCCCAUUAUCAUGACAGUUUGUAGUCGCAACGACAAAAAAGUCGUGACAGUUAAUCUUGUUGUACUAUAUGUGAACAACUUAAUUUAAAUCAA